AUGUCUAAGAUUAACGCUGUUCAAGUUAGAGAGAACGUUCAGGAACUCUUGAAGUACUCCACUGAGACCAAGAAGAGAAACUUCUUGGAAACCGUCGAAUUGCAAGUCGGUUUGAAGAACUAUGACCCACAAAGAGACAAGCGUUUCUCUGGUACCUUGAGACUUCCACAAGUCCCAAGACCAAACAUGACCAUCUGUAUCUUUGGUGACGCCUUCGACGUCGACAGAGCCAAGGGUUUGGGUUGUGACGCCAUGUCUGUUGACGACUUGAAGAAGUUGAACAAGAACAAGAAGUUGAUCAAGAAGUUAGCUAAGAAGUACAAUGCUUUCAUUGCUUCCGAAACCUUGAUCAAGCAAGUUCCAAGAUUAUUAGGUCCUCAAUUGUCCAAGGCUGGUAAGUUCCCAACUCCAGUUUCCCACUCUGACGACUUGUACCAAAAGGUUGUUGACCAAAAGUCCACUAUCAAGUUCCAAUUGAAGAAGGUCUUGUGUUUGGCUGUUGCUGUUGGUCACGUCGAGAUGGAAGAAGACGCUUUGGUGUCCCAAAUCAUGAUGUCCAUUAACUUUUUGGUUUCUCUGUUGAAGAAGAACUGGCAAAACGUCGGUUCCUUGGUCAUCAAAUCUUCCAUGGGUCCAGCUUUCAGAUUAUACUAA